UCGAAUCCGACUCUUGCAUUCUAUAAAUUCGCGGCUUUCUUUCUUUCACUCACGUUGGCUGGAUGACUUCUAGACAACACUUACUCGGCACGAUAUUUGACGCCGAUCGUUAUUCGCUGUAGUGUCAAUUCACUGCAUUCACAGACGAGAUGCCCUACAUCAUGGCUCGCCAACAGCGCCACCUUACAAAUUCCGGCUAUGGCCGCGUCCGCUCACUGAUCGAAGCCCGUUCGUCCUUCUCCCGAAAGAUCGGCUAACGGCGGUGACGAGGCGCCCCAAAAUUCCACACCUGGGUCAGCUGCUGCGGUAAGCCGCGAAUCCCGCCAGCAGCGCGAUGCUGGACUACUACAAAAUCCUGGGCGUCCAGCAAACGGCCCCGCUGGAGGAGAUCAAGAAGGCCUACCGGCGGCUGUGCCUGCGCUGGCACCCCGACAAGAACCCGGACAACAAGGAGAAGGCCGAGCAGAACUUCCGCAGCGUGGCGCAGGCCUACCAGACGCUGUCGGACGAGAAAAAGCGCAAGGACUACGACUACCAGUGUGCCCUCCUGCGUGGCCGUGCCCGCCAUCCGCCGCGGAGGCAGGCGGCCCCGAGCCCCUUCUCGACGCUCGAGGAAAUCAUCAAGGGUAUCCACCGCAGGUCCUGGGAGACUGGUCCGGCGCCCCCGGACUGCUCUGGAGCGAGUGCGUCCUCGUAUACGUCCACACCGUCGCCGUUCGCGGCGCGCAGGCCGUCGGGCUCCCGGCGCCACGGCGGCUUCCACGCGGGCAUCCGGGUGGAGGCCGGCGCGGACGGGUUCCGCAUGGUGCACCACUGCACGCUGGGUCGCGGCGCGGCGCCGACGACAACGCGGGUGACGCAAACCUCGUUCACGGUGCACAAGCCGACCUCAGCGGCGACGGCGGCGGUGGUCGGGCACCACCGGCCCGCUAUCCCUACUAGCCGGCCCAGGCUCUACGAGGUGCGCACGGUGAUUUGCGACGGCGUCCAGAGGGUGUGCUGCUACGAGGACGGCGUCAGGGUGUCUACCGUGGCCCACCCCGUGGCUCCCGUGCGUCAGUCAGAGAUACAACCCAUGGUAUUGACUCAUCGGACCGGAACCUGAAGCUUCGCAAAUGGAGAACAGCUGGGACACCAAUAUUUCUUUACUCCGCCGGCCAAGUGAUGGGAUUAUUUUUUUUAAACAUUGAAUAAACAGGGCGCCGUGUUAUAAACGU